GGGGAAGCCCCCGGCCCCAGCAGGACCAGGACCAGGAGCAGAAGAAGCGGGAAGGGACGGUAACAAGUCGCGCCCACAAAGUUGUGCCGUUCGGCCGUCCCAGGGGCGGGAACCGCCGCAACUCGGUGGAGAAGGAGCCAACUGGACCCCUGAAACUGCCAAAGACCAGCCCGAUCCCUCUUGCGGUUCCUCGCUCAAGGGAAAACAUUUGUAUAUCAGGCAACCUUGGUGCGUGUGCCGCCGAUUCCAGGUAUUGAUGCCAAACCAGACCUGCAUAGAAAGGAUCUAUUCUUAAAAGAGGACUUCAUAAGGCUUUAAGAUUAAGUCUCUGCAAGGAUGGCAAAGUGUGGGGAGCAAGAUGACAGACCCGAUGAGGGGUCGAACAGUGAAUUCAGUGACAUCAUUAAGUCCAGAUCAGACGAACAUAAUGAUGUACAGAAGAAAACUUUUACCAAAUGGAUAAAUGCUCGCUUUUCAAAGAGUGGGAAACCACUGGUCAAGGAUAUGUUUACAGAUCUCAAAGAUGGGCGAAAGCUGUUGGAUCUUCUGGAAGGACUCAUAGGAACUUCACUGCCGAAAGAACGUGGUUCCACCAGGGUUCAUGCUUUAAAUAAUGUCAACCGAGUUCUUCAAGUUUUACACCAGAAUAAUGUGGAAUUGGUGAAUAUAGGAGGGACGGAUAUUGUAGAUGGAAAUCACAAACUGACACUGGGAUUACUUUGGAGCAUCAUCUUGCACUGGCAGGUGAAAGAUGUCAUGAAAGAUAUUAUGUCAGACCUGCAGCAGACAAACAGUGAGAAGAUUCUGUUGAGUUGGGUUCGGCAGUCCACAAGACUUUAUGCCCAAGUCAAUGUUCUGAACUUCACAACCAGUUGGUCAGAUGGACUUGCCUUCAAUGCAAUCAUCCACCGACACAAACCUGACCUCUUCAGCUGGGAUAGAGUUACAAAAAUGUCCCCCAUUGAGAGAUUGGAGCAUGCUUUUACCAAAGCUCAAAACCAUCUGGGAAUUGAAAAGCUGUUAGAUCCUGAAGAUGUUGCCGUUCAGCUUCCCGACAAAAAAUCCAUAAUUAUGUAUUUGACAUCUUUGUUUGAGGUGCUUCCUCAGCAAAUCACCAUGGAAGACAUCCGGGAGGUAGAAACCCUUCCAAGGAGAUACAAGAAAGAAUGUGAAGAAGGAGAAUUUCAUGUACAAAACAUAGCACCAGGAGAGCAUGAAGAUCUUAGAGCUGAAACUCCCAGCCUGGUCACAGAGGUGGAUAUGGACCUGGAUAGUUACCAAGAGGCUUUGGAGGAAGUCUUAACAUGGCUACUUUCAGCAGAGGAUACUUUUCAGGAACAAGAUGACAUCUCUAAAGAUGUUGAGCAAGUUAAAGAUCAGUUUGCCACCCAUGAAGCUUUUAUGAUGAAGCUGACCGCACACCAGAGUAGUGUGGGUAGCGUACUGCAGGCUGGGAACCAACUAAUAGCACAAGGCAAUCUAUCAGAAGAAGAGGAGUACGAGAUUCAGGAACAAAUGACUCUGUUGAACUCUAGAUGGGAAGCACUAAGAGUGGAAAGCAUGGACAGGCAGUCUCGCCUGCAUGAUGUUUUGAUGGAGUUGCAGAAGGAGCAGUUGCAGCAGCUCUCUGACUGGUUGACUGUCACUGAAGAACGCAUUCAAAAAAUGGAAACCUUCCCUUUGGAUGAUGAUUUACAGUCCCUACAAAAGCAACUGAAAGAACAUAAAGCACUGCAGAAUGAUCUUGAGGCAGAACAGGUCAAGGUUAAUUCCUUAACUCACAUGGUGGUGAUUGUUGAUGAGAAUAGUGGUGAGAGUGCCACAGCGGUGUUGGAGGACCAGCUGCAGAAACUUGGAGAGCGCUGGACAGCCGUCUGUCGUUGGACGGAGGAUCGCUGGAACAAACUUCAAGAGAUUAACUUGUUAUGGCAGGAACUCUUGGAAGAGCAGUGUUUGUUGAAAGCCUGGUUAACUGAGAAAGAAGAGGCUCUAAAUAAAGUCCAGACAAGCAACUUCAAAGACCAAACAGAGCUAAGCGUCCAUGUUCGGCGACUGGCAAUCUUGAAGGAAGAUAUGGAAAUGAAGCGACAGACAUUAGAUCAACUAAGUGAGAUUGGUCAGGAUGUGGGACAACUCCUCAGUAACCCCAGGGCUUCUAAGAAGAUCAUCAGUGAUUCAGAGAAACUCACCCAGAGAUGGGACUGUUUGGUUCAGAAGCUGGAGGACUUCUCUAACCAGGUUACCCAAGCUGUGGCCAAGCUAGGAAUGGCCCAAGCUCCACAGAGGGUUUUGACAGAAAUUGUCUCCACUAGGGAAGUAAAAAAAUCCAAGCAAGAACUGCCUCCUCCUCCUCCACCAAAAAAGAGGCAGAUACAUGUGGAUAUUGAAGUUAAGAAAAAGUUUGAUGUUGAAAAUGCUGAGCUGUUGAACUGGAUUUUGCAAUCAAAGGCUGCCAUUCAGGCCACAGAGAUCAAAGAAUUUAAGAAGAUGAGAGACACCAUGGACUUGAAAGAGAAGUUGAAGGUAUUGGAAAAAGAGCGGGCUGAAAGAAAUCCCAAACUAGAUGAAUUAAACCAAGAUGGACGAAACCUCUUGGAGCAAAUGGAAAAAGAAGGAAUUCCUACUGAAGACAUGAAAAAUGCUUUGGAGAUGACACUUUCACAAUGGAAUGAUAUUGUUCGGUGUCUGGAAGAUACAGCAAGAAAGAUUCAGCUCCAGGAGGACAUAAAUUCUUACUUCAAAGAGCUGGGUACCCUUGAAAAGACCAUAAAAGAAAAGGAGGAGUGGGUGAAAAAUGCUUUUGCCCCUUCACAGCAGCUAUCACCAGGCCUGAAGGAUUCAUGUCAGAGGGAGCUAACCCACUUACUGAGUCUCUGCCCACGAGUUGAAAAGCUGAGUGCCAGUUGCGUGUCAUUGAAGUCUCAACCCGCUGUUCCACAUUUCAUUCAGAAAAGUCUGGACAGCUUUAUGGAUCGCUACACAUCUGUCCGGCAGAAACUAGAAGAAUGUCAGCAGCAUUCGGAGAAAGAACUCAAGAGUCAGGGCUACAUGGAGGCAUUGCAGAGGCUGAAGGAUGCGUUAAGUGAUACAGAAAGCAGAGCUCAGGUCACUCUGAAUACCCUGAGUGACCCCAUUAAAGUGGAGAAGGCCCUGCAGCAAAAAAAGAUGCUUGAUGACAUCCUUGAGGAUCAAAAACCUGUGUUACGUCAACUUUCAGAAGAAGCAAAAGCUCUGGAGAAACAGACACCAUCUGAUUUAGGAAAGAUUUACAAGCAACAGUUUGAGACUCUACAAGAAAAGUGGGACAAGCUAAAGAGCAAGGUUACAAAAGAUGCUGAUCUACUGGAAGAAAUCAUUCCCAAACUGAGGGUGUUUGAGGCUGAUUCAAAAGUCAUUCAGAAGUGGAUGGAUGGUGUGAAAGAUUUCUUAAUGAAAGAACAGGCUGUCCAAGGAGAUUGUGAAGGACUUCAAAGACAGCUUGACCAAUGCACAGAAUUUGUUAAUAAAAUGGACAUGAUUGAGUCAACAUUUAAAGAAAUGAAAGAUAUAGAAGCUACCUUAAGAAGUCAACCGGUCACAGGAGUUAAAACAUGGAUGCAAACCAAGCUGGUGGACUAUCAAUCCCAGUGGGAGAAAUAUAGCAAACAGAUUGCUUUUCAGAAGAAUAGGUUGUCUGAAAGUCAGGAAAAAGCUGUGAACCUGAAGAAGGAUUUGGCGGAGAUGCAGGAGUGGAUGACCCAAGCUGAAGAAGAGUACUUGGAGAAAGAUUUUGAAUAUAAAUCACCAGAAGAACUUGAGGGUGCUGUUGAAGAAAUGAAGAGAGCGAAAGAGGAUGUGUUGCAGAAAGAGGUGCGAGUGAAGAUUUUAAAAGACAACAUCAAGUUGUUAGCGGCAAAAGCGCCAUCUGGUGGCCAGGAACUAACAUCUGAGCUGAAUGUUGUGUUGGAGAACUAUCAACUUCUUUGUAAUCGAAUUAGAGGAAAAUGCCAUACUCUAGAGGAAGUAUGGUCUUGCUGGAUUGAAUUACUUCAGUAUUUGGAUCUGGAAACAGCUUGGCUGAACACUUUGGAGGAGAGGGUUCAAAGCACAGAAACCUUUCUUGAUAAAGCAGAAGCUGUCAAUGAGGCCCUUGAGUCCUUGGAAUCUGUUCUGCGCCACCCAGCAGAUAAUCGAACUCAGAUCCGUGAGCUAGGUCAGACGUUGAUUGACGGAGGGAUUCUUGAUGACAUCAUCAGUGAGAAGUUAGAGGUUUUCAAUAGCCGCUAUGAAGAACUGAGCCACUUGGCAGAGAACAAGCAGAUUUCUUUGGAGCAACAACUGCAGACCCUGCAGGACACGGAUCACAUGCUGCAAGUCUUGCAAGAGAGCCUAGCUGAACUGGAUAAACAGUUAACAACAUACUUGACGGAUAGGGUUGAUGCCUUGCAGGUCCCACAAGAGGCACAGAAAAUUCAAGCAGAGAUUUCGGCCCAUGAGCUAACACUAGAGGAGCUGAGGAGAAGUGUGCGAUCCCAGGUACCAUCCAGUCCAGAAGGCAGAACUCCUCGAGGAGGCAGUCAGCUGGAUGUGCUACAGAGGAAACUUCGUGAAGUGUUCACAAAGUACCAGCUUUUCCAGAAGCCUGCUAAUUUUGAACAGCGCAUGCUUGAUUGCAAGCGAGUUCUAGAUGGGGUAAAAGCAGAACUCCAUGUUCUGGAUGUUAAGGACACUGAUCCAGAUGUAAUCCAGACUCACUUGGACAGAUGUAUGAAGCUCUAUAAAACUUUGAGUGAGGUUAAGCUUGAAGUGGAGACCGUAAUCAAAACAGGAAGGCAGAUUGUCCAGAAGCAGCAAACGGACAAUCCGAAAGGGAUGGAUGAACAGCUUACUGCCCUGAAGUUCCUCUAUAAUGACCUGGGGGCACAGGUGACAGAAGGAAAGCAAGAUUUGGAGCGUGCUUGUCAGUUAGCCCGGAAAAUGAAGAAAGAAGUGGCCUCCCUGUCUGAUUGGCUAGCUGUUACUGAGGCUGAGUUAGUCCAGAAGUCCACUGCAGAAGGUUCAGUUUCUGACUUGGAUUCAGAAAUUGCCUGGGCUAAAAAUACAAUGAAGGACCUGGAAAAAAGAAAAGCUGACUUAAAUACUAUCACAGAGAGCAGCACAGCUCUCCAGAGUUUGGUUGAGGGUAGUGAGACCAUCCUGGAGGAAAAGCUGUGUGUUCUCAAUGCUGGAUGGAGUAGAGUCCGCACCUGGACUGAAGAUUGGUGCAAUACGCUAUUGAACCACCAGAGCCAACUGGAGAUAUUUGAUGGACAUGUUGCUCACAUCAGUACCUGGCUCUACCAAGCUGAAGCUCUGUUGGAUGAAAUUGAAAACAAGCCAGCAAGUAAAAGGGAAGAAAUUGUGAAGCGUUUGAUAGCUGAGCUGGAUGAUGCAAGUCUCCGAGUGGAAAAUGUCCGUGACCAAGCCGUUAUCCUGAUGAACAGCCGUGGUGUGGCAUGCAGUGAGCUUGUUGAACCUAAAUUAGCUGAACUGAAUAGAAAUUUUGAAAAGGUUUCCCAACACAUUAAAAGCGCUAAAAUAUUAAUCAAUCAAGAGCCUUUGUCAUAUAAAAUGUUUGUAAAGCCAGAAUGCUAUGAAGUCACUCUACCUUCUGCAGACCUGGAAAGACUAGAAAGGGACUUACAAAAUAUGCUAAGGGUUGUGGAAAGGCAUCUGGAAUCCAGUGAUGAAGAUGAAAAGAUGGAUGAGGAGAAAGCUCAGAUUGAGGAAGUUCUCCAGAGAGGAGAGCAGAUGCUUCAGCAGCCCAUGGAGGCUAACAAGAGGGAGAAAAUUCGUCUGCAGUUGCUCCUUCUGCAGACAAGACACAACAACAUAAAGGCAGUCCCCUCACAGCAGAGAAUAACGGGCCAAUACCCACCUGGAAUUGGGUCAUCUGCUCUCCCUACUGAUUAUCUGGUUGAAAUUAACAAGAUUCUGCUGUCCAUGGCAGAUGUUGAGCUAUUGCUAAAUGCACCGGAACUUAAUGCUGGGGUCUACGAAGAUUUUUCAAUUCAAGAAGACUCACUGAAGAACAUCAAAGACCUACUGGACAAACUUGGGGACCAGAUUGCCGUCAUUCAUGAGAAGCAGCCUGAUGUAAUACUUGAAGCUUCUGGACCGGAAGCUGUUCAGAUUGGGGAUUCACUAACCCAGUUGAAUGCAAAGUGGGACAGAAUUAAUAGAAUGUACAAUGAUCGUAAGGGUUAUUUCGAUAGGGCAGUAGAAGAAUGGAGACAGUUCCAUUGCGACAUCAAUGACCUCACUCAGUGGGUGUCAGAAGCUGAGCAGUUACUGGCAGAUACCCAGGCUCCUGAUGGGAGUGUGGAUACACAGAAGGCUGAAAUGCACCAGCAGGAACUUGAAGAGGGAGUUAGCAGCCACCAGUCCAGCCUCUCAGCAUUAAACCGGACUGGAGAAGGAAUCAUACAGAAACUUUCCACGGCUGAUGGGAGCUUUCUGCAAGAGAAGUUGACAGGGUUAAACAACCGCUUCAGCAGAAUCGUGGCAGAAGUGAUGGACAGACAACAGAGGUUGAGAGGAGAAAGUGAACGACUAAUGGAAUAUAAGAAACAGAUGGAUGAAAUUGACUGCUGGAUAGAAAAGGCUGAAAAUACAGUGGAAAUGAGAUCUUCAUCUAAACCUGAAGAAAAACUGCAAGAAUUCAAGGACUUAGCCAAGGAGACUGAGGUACAAGCAGAAAAACUGAAGUGGCUGACUAGAACUGAACCGGAGAUGCUGUUACAUGAAAGUUUAGACUCCAGGGAAAGAGAUGAAAUUUCUGAAAGAUUAAGGAUUCUCAAUAUAAAAUGGAAUAAGGUAUCCAGAAAAAUCUCCAAUACAGUCAAAGAUUUGGAAGAAUACGGUCAGGAACCCUGUUAUAUGACACAGUCAAAGCUUUCUGCUUAUCCCAUGGCCCAAAAGGUGGUGCUAGUUUCAUCUACCUCAGAAAUUCCUGCUCAGACUCAGCAGGCUUUGGAACUUUCACUACCUGCUGAUCUGGAUAAAACUACUACUGAGCUAGCUGACUGGUUGAUAUUGAUUGACCAGAUGCUCAAGUCCAACAUUGUCACUGUGGGGAGUGCAGAAGAGAUCAAUCAGACAAUUGCACGCAUGAAAAUCACUAUGGCAGAUUUAGAGCAGCGUCAUCCUCAGUUGGAUUCGGUUUUUACUCUGGCUCAGAAUUUGAAAAAUAAAACAUCUAGUUCAGAUGUGCGAACGGCAAUCACAGAAAAAUUGGAGAAGGUGAAGAACCAGUGGGACAAUACUCAACACGGAGUGGAAGUGCGACAGCAGCAAUUACAGGACAUGCUUUCUGACAGCCUGCAAUGGAAUGAUCAACAACAAGAAACAGAACAACUUUUUAGGCACUAUGAAGUUCGAUUUCAUGCUCUUCUACAGGCCCCAAAGGAGCCCCUCAUCCAACAGCUGCCAGAAAAUAAAGUGUUAGCUCAAGACUUGCAUAGAGGAGAGAUCACCAUAGCGGCAUUCAAUGACCUCUCAAAGAAACUACUUCGAGACUACAGUGGUGAUGACACUCGGAAAGUGAAGGAAGUGACAGACCAGUUGAAUACAUCUUGGAUUAACCUGAAUCAAAGUAUCAGUGAUCGACAGAGCACUCUAGAGGCUGAGCUGAGGACGGUGCAGGCCUCACUCAAGGAUCUGGAAAGCUUCCUUAAGUGGAUUCAAGAAGCAGAAACCACAGUUAACGUGCUCUCAGAUGCCUCUCAACGAGAGAAUGCUCUUCAAGAUGAUGUUUUAAUGAGGGAGUUUAAAAAGCAGAUGAAGGACAUCCAAGCAGAAAUUGAUGCCCACAAUGACAUCUUUAAGAGCAUUGAUGGAAAUAGGCAGAAGAUGGUAAAGGCCUUGGGAAACUCAGACGAGGCAGCACUGCUCCAACACCGACUUGAUGAUAUGAACCAGAGAUGGAAUGACUUGAAAGCCAAGUCUGCUAGCAUCAGAGCUCACUUAGAGGCCAGUGCUGAGAAAUGGAACAGGUUGUUGGCAUCCUUGGAAGAGUUGGUCAAGUGGCUGAAUCUGAAAGAUGAGGAGCUUAACCAACAGAUGCCCAUUGGAGGAGAUGUUCCAGCCUUACAAGAACAAUACGACCACUGUAAAGCCCUGAGGCGUGAAUUAAAGGAUAAAGAGCAAAUUGUAUUGAAUGCUGUAGACCAAGCCCGAGUUUUUCUUGCUGACCAGCCAGUCGAGGGCCUUGAAGAGCCAAGAAGACACCUGCAGUCGAAAACAGAAUUGACUCCUGAAGAGAAAGCUCAGAAGAUUGCUAAAGCCAUGCGCCAACAGUCUUCAGAAGUGAAAGGCAAGUGGGAGAGUCUAAAUGCUGUCUCCAGCAGUUGGCAGAAGCAAGUGGACAAGGCCCUGGAGAAACUUAAGGACCUGCAGGGUGCGAUGGAUGACCUCGAUGCGGACAUGAAAGAGGCGGAGACUGUGCGGAAUGGAUGGAAGCCAGUGGGAGACUUACUCAUUGACUCACUGCAGGAUCAUAUUGAUAAAACCACAGCCUUCAGAGAAGAGAUUGCACCAAUCAAUUUAAAGGUUAAAACAAUGAAUGAUUUAUCCAGUCAGCUUUCUCCACUUGAUCUCCACCCAUCCUUAAAGAUGUGUCGACAACUAGAUGAUCUUAACAUGCGUUGGAAACUUCUGCAGGUUUCCGUGGAAGAUCGCCUUAAGCAGCUACAGGAAGCACAUAGAGACUUCGGACCUUCUUCUCAGCACUUUCUUUCCACUUCCGUCCAGCUUCCGUGGCAGAGAUCGGUUUCACAUAACAAAGUGCCCUAUUAUAUCAAUCAUCAGACACAAACAACCUGUUGGGAUCAUCCUAAAAUGACUGAACUCUUUCAAUCCCUAGCUGAUCUGAACAACGUACGUUUCUCUGCCUACCGCACAGCCAUCAAAAUCCGAAGAUUACAAAAAGCACUAUGUUUGGAUCUCUUGGAAUUGAACACAACCAAUGAAGUUUUCCAACAGCACAAACUGAACCAAAAUGAUCAGCUCCUCAGUGUACCAGACGUGAUCAACUGUCUCACAACAACUUACGAUGGGCUUGAACAGAAGCAUAAAGACCUUGUCAACGUUCCCCUCUGUGUUGAUAUGUGUCUCAACUGGUUGCUCAAUGUAUAUGACACGGGUCGGACUGGGAAAAUCAGAGUGCAGUCCCUGAAGAUUGGAUUGAUAUCACUGUCUAAAGGCCUUCUGGAAGAAAAAUAUAGAUAUCUCUUUAAGGAGGUAGCAGGGCCUACAGAAAUGUGUGACCAAAGGCAGCUUGGCCUUUUACUUCAUGAUGCCAUCCAGAUCCCUCGACAACUUGGUGAAGUAGCUGCCUUUGGUGGUAGUAAUAUUGAACCUAGUGUUCGCAGUUGCUUCCAGCAGAAUAACAACAAACCAGAAAUAAAUGUGAAGCAGUUUAUAGACUGGAUGCAUCUAGAGCCACAGUCAGUGGUAUGGCUACCAGUUUUACAUAGAGUAGCAGCAGCAGAGACUGCAAAACAUCAAGCAAAGUGUAACAUCUGCAAGGAAUGUCCAAUUGUCGGCUUCAGGUACAGAAGCCUAAAGCAUUUCAACUAUGAUGUCUGCCAGAGCUGCUUCUUCUCGGGUCGAACAGCAAAGGGCCAUAAAUUGCACUACCCAAUGGUGGAAUACUGCAUACCUACAACAUCUGGAGAAGAUGUUCGGGAUUUCACCAAAGUGCUGAAGAACAAGUUCAGGUCCAAAAAGUAUUUUGCCAAACACCCUCGACUUGGCUACCUGCCUGUGCAGACAGUUCUUGAAGGUGACAACUUAGAAACCCCUAUUACCCUCAUCAGUAUGUGGCCAGAGCAAUAUGAUCCUUCCCAGUCUCCACAGCUGUUUCAUGAUGAUACCCAUUCCAGAAUAGAGCAGUAUGCUACAAGGCUGGCUCAAAUGGAAAGGACCAAUGGCUCCCUGCUCACAGAUAGCAGCUCCACUACAGGAAGUGUGGAGGAUGAACAUUCUCUGAUCCACCAAUACUGUCAGACACUGGGAGGGGAAUCCCCAGUGAGCCAGCCACAGAGUCCCGCCCAGAUCCUGAAGUCUGUGGAAAGGGAGGAGCGGGGAGAACUGGAACGAAUCAUCGCUGACCUGGAGGAAGAGCAAAGAAUCCUGCAGGUGGAAUAUGAGCAGCUGAAGGAACAGCACCUUAAAAGAGGGAUAAGCCCUCUUAGCUCACCCCCCAACUCCGUCGUAUCUCCUCAGCAUCCGUCUGGAGAUUCUGAGCUUAUAGCAGAAGCCAGACUCCUCAGGCAGCACAAGGGUCGUCUGGAAGCCAGGAUGCAGAUCUUGGAAGAUCACAAUAAGCAGUUGGAAUCUCAGCUUCACCGACUACGACAGCUGCUUGAGCAGCCUGAAUCUAAUGCCAGAAUCAACGGCAUCUCUCCCUGGUCUUCACCACAGCAUUCUGCACUCAGCUAUUCACUUGAUCAAGAUGCCAGCUCACAGUUCAACCAGACAGCCGCAGAUGAUUUGUUGGUUCCGCCGCAGCCCACUAGCACGGAUCUCACAGAUGUCAUGGAGCAAAUCAACAGCACAUUUCCUUCUUGCCACUCAAAUCUCACUGGCAGAACACAGGCAAUGUGAAAUAUUCACCCAGGCAACCAACACUUCCUGACAUAUAGUACUGCCCUUUUCAGCAAAGGCCUGUUCCAACAUCCAUUUAAUCAGAAGCUGCAUGGCACCUUGAAACACAUUCUGUUUAGCUCUGACUGUGUGUUCUACUGAAGGAGUAAAACACUGAAUAUCCAAAGAUGGGGAUGUUGUGUUUUUAUAAUAACCAUUGGUUCUUAUUUUCUUCUUCCCUUUCUAUGCAAUUGUAAAUUAACGAACAGAGAGGUAUUUGGAAAUGGUUAUACAUUUGUCUUUGAUUUGUUUAUAUAAAUAUACAGUACUGGGAAAGGGGGCGGGGGCUUUAUAUACAGUUCCUUUUUUAACAACCAUAAGGAGAUUGCAUAAAGAAUCAGAAGCAAAAUGUUGCAUUUUUACAUUCCUUUCUGUUCCUCAGUCACCUUGUAAAAUAACUUCAUUAUCUUUUGACACUCUUGCCAUUCUGUACAGAUUAUUUAUAUUCACUUGCCAUUGGACCUUAUAUAUUUCUGAAGAUCCUAUCUAUAACUGUUUCUUGACUUAUCCAAAUUAAUAAUAAUCAACUAUUACUAAUUAUUGAUUAAUAUUAAUUAACUACUAUAACGAUUAAAUCUCACACCAGAGCAGUGUGCAUAUUACGUCACUUCACCUAACCCUGUGCACUCAUUUUGGAUAUCUUUGAGCUCUUGAACAAAAAUAAAAAUUUCACGUGCCCAAGUUUCAUUUUAUUGAGCUAUUUUUGAUUUACCCACAUUGUAGGUUGGUGUUCAUACUCUUAAUAGAUUUCAAAUGUCACUCCGUAGGAGUUCAAAAGAUAAAAAAACAUCCAUUAGUUUCUUCUCUCCUAUUAAGCAUGUGUUCAUUUUUACCCCAAAACUAUAUCUUCACAUCUUUUCCCAUUUUCCACUGUCUAUAUCUGUCAUGAAAUAUAAGCCAGCCCCUCCCCAAAUUGCAGAUGGAUAGUUGAGCGCCAAAAUGUGUUUGAUUUGCCCUUUGAGAGUGUAUUUUUCAUUGUUACUUUUUUAAAAGCCUUUUCAAUUUCCACUGUCUAGAUGUUAAUUUAAUUCUGAAAGCCCAAGUUAACCAAAUACCAUUCCUUCAUACUUGCUGACUCCUUUCUUCUAGGUAGGGGGUCAGAUUACUGGUUCUGGUUCAUUGAAGUCCGCAUUAGGAUAGCAGGUCCUGUUCCACAAAUUGGCCCUUGGUCACUUUCAGGAUCCAUAUCUAAUUAGUGAAUUUCAACAAGCCAUAGGGUUUAUCAAUCAAUCAAUCAUUUAUUGAGCGCUUUCUGUGUGCAGACCACUAUACUAAGCGCUUGGGAGAGUACAGUACAACGAAUUUGGUAGACGCAUGCUUCCCACAAGGAGCUUGUAGCCUAGAAGGGGAGCUUAGAGUCUAGAGGGUUUGUAAACAAGUCAGGAAGCUUGUGCCCUAUCUUAGACAAAGAAGACUUUACGUCACAGAAGGAAGUCUCCAAAUGUGUUUAGGAUCUGCUGAACACUUUUAUUCGGACAUAGGGGCUGAUAAAAUUUUGUGAUAUCUCUCCUUUGCUUCUCAUCAAUUAUUUUGGCCCAGGUGGAGGCCCAAAGUGAGCAAUUUUAUGAAGUAGGCUCCAUUUUAUCCCAUCUUUUUUGGAAGGGUUUGGGUGGGGUGGGGGUUGGGUUGUAUUUGCAGCAUAGAUAUUUUGAGAAGAAGAAAAAAUGUUUUAUACUAGAGGAAAGCCAUGACCACCUUUCUACCUCAGACCCAUCUUCAUUCAUAAUAUUUGGAAUAGCUUUAUGCUGCUGUUUUCUGCAAAGUCUGUAGCUUUUACUGGACCACAGCAAAUACAAGGAAAAUGCCUCUUUAAGGGAAAAAAAACUCCCUUAACUCUGAAAUUCUCAAUUGUAGAUUUGGUGUCUUAUUAUUAUUUUGAGAGGUAUCGUAUAAAAUUUGUUUUCUGCCUGUAUUUGUGUGCAAAACAUGUCCUCUAUUCUGCUACUGAGUAAAAGCUCCUUAAAACACUACAUUGUAACAUUUUUCCUCUGAAUAAUACAAUAAAUAUAUUGCAGUAACAUUUAAAAAAGGUAUGUAGUUCUUUUGAAGUGCAUAGUAAAGAACUGAUAACACCACAGUUUAAUCUUGGUUACAUGCUGUAUUUUUCAUUCUGAAUAAAAGUAAUUUUUAACACAAAA